AUGGUGAAGGAGGAGUGCAAAGCGCUGCUGGACGCGCUCAACAAGGUGACCGCCUGCUACCGGCACAUGGUGCUGACGAUCGGUGGCACCUCGGACUCGCAGAACCUGCGGGAGGAGCUCAAGAAAACGCGGCAGAAAGCCCAGGAGCUAGCGGUGGCCAACAGGAACAAGCUCACCACGGUCCUGAAGGACAAAACCGUGAGUAAGGAAGAUAAAGCCGAGUUCGAGAGGCUAUGGGUGAUUUUCUCCACGUGCCUAGAGAUCCUGGAGAUCGACAUGAGAAGAGCCCUGGAGCUGGGCCACGAGUUCCCACUCAAUGUCCCCAAAAAGCACCUGAUCCAGACAGGCAUGAGCGGGGGAACCUCUGGCGUGGCCGCCAGGGCCAUGAGUGUCCAGAACAUGAAAUACGAGGCUGAGCACAAUAUAGACGUGGUGGAUUUGAAAGACCUGGAAAACGAAAUCAACCAGGUAGGAGAGAUGAUGUACGAGAUGGAAAUGAAGGUCAAUGUCCCUCAGUGGACAGUAGAGGCUAAGCAAGACCCAGGGGCAGAACUAAAAUCUACCAUCAGUGUGGGCGCUUCUUCUAUUGGCAUGAUCUCUGUGGAGGAAAAUAAAUCCUUCUGCGAUAUCAGCAAGGUUCUAGCUGGGAUUAUUUUCUCCGCUGUACUCAUUAUCGCUAUUGUCCUGGCAGUGUGUGUGGUAAAACUCUCUUAG